CCAAUAUCAAAGCUCUUUUAAGGUUUUAUCAAACUUCCCUUUAAAUCACAAAUACCAUUUAGAUUAUAAUGGAGGGUGUAAAGGAACAGUUACCAGCUCCUAUAUAUAGAAAUUUAACCACCGUACUUAGCAUUGAUGGUGGUGGAAUAAGAGGGAUCAUCCCUGGAAUUAUACUUGGUUUCUUAGAAUCUGAACUUCAGAAACUGGACGGUGAAGAUGCAAGACUAGCAGAUUACUUCGACGUGAUAGCAGGGACCAGCACCGGCGGCUUGGUGACAGCCAUGCUAACUUGUCCGAACGACAAGAACCGACCAUUAUUUGCUGCCAAAGACAUCAAAGACUUUUACUUAACUAAUUGUCCUAAAAUAUUCCCUCAACCAGGAUGUCCAUUGUUUUCUCAAACAACAAAAGUUCUCAAAGCUCUAUCAGGACCAAGAUAUGAUGGCAAGUACUUACAUUACAUUAUUAAAAAAAAACUAGAAGGGAAAAGGUUGAAUGAGACGUUAACUAAUGUUGUUAUCCCAACAUUUGAUAUCAAGCUUCUCCAGCCAGUCAUCUUUUCAAGCUUUCAGGUGAAAAAAAACCCUACUUUGAAUGCCUUACUCUCAGACAUAUGCAUAGCAACCUCAGCUGCACCAACAUAUCUCCCAGCUCAUUACUUUAAAACCAUAGUCUUCAAAAGGAAAAAAAGAGAAAAUAACCUCAUUGAUGUUGGUGUGGCUGCAAAUAACCCAGUCUGCAUCGACAAAGAGGAAAGAGAAAAUAACGUCAUUGAUGGUGGUGUGGCUGCAAAUAACCCAGUCUGCAUCGACGAAGAGGAAAGAGAAUAUAACCUCAUUGAUGGUUGUGUGGCUGCAAAUAACCCAGUAUGCAUGGACAAAGAGGCAAGAGAAAAUAACCUCAUUGAUGGUGGUGUGGCUGCAAAUAACCCAGUAUGCAUGGACAAAGAGGCAAGAGAAAAUAACCUAAUUGAUGGUGGUGUGGCUGCAUAUAACCCAGUAUGCAUCGAAAAAGAGGAAAGAGAAUAUAACCUAAUUGACGGUGGUGUGGCUGCAAAUAACCCAACUUUACUGGCUAUGGGGGAAGUGAGCAGGGAUAUUAUUGACAAAAACGUUGAUUUGGGUACCCAAGAAAACAAAAACGAUAAUUCCAAGCGGUGUACUGAAGCCAUAGACUAUAGUAAAUUUCUGGUUAUUUCGUUGGGGACUGGCUCUAGCUCUGAGGCAAAAACCACAACGAAAUACAGUGCUAAACAGGCGGCCGAAUGGGGUAUGUUAGGGUGGUUAACCAGCGGUGGUUCGACGCCGUUAGUGGAUGUUUUUACUCAAGCCAGUGGAGACAUGGUCGACCUUCACCUUUCUGUUUUAUUUAAAGCUCUUGACCACUCAGAUAAAUACCUUCGAAUCCAGGAUGACAAACUAAAGGGGGAUGUAUCAUCUGUUGACAUAGCCACGAGGACAAAUUUGGAUGAAUUGGUCAAAGUCGGCGAGAAACUGUUGAGGGAUCCAGUUUCUAGGGUUGACUUGGUAACCGGCAAGUUCAAGCCUGUCACUGAAGAGACUAACGAAAGAGCCCUUAAAAGGUUUGCAAAAUUACUGUCCGAAGAGAGACAGAAACGACAUCUUAAACCACUUCAAGAGAAGGCUGAAACACGUAAAAGUGACGUUAAAAAUUAGUAGUUUUAACCCAUAAAUAUUGGAAGUAAAUUGCACUUCCAAUAAAACAACACAUAUUUGUACCUUAGAGUACAAAUAACUUUGUGAUUUAAUAAAAAUCCCAAAAUGGGAUAAUUACUUGUAAUUCCUUGCUAUUGGAACUCUACUCAUUUUCUUUGUGUUGUAUCCGUACAAUCUUAAUAUUUCAUUGUCGCAAUUAAA